AUGAAAGUCGUAUUCGAGGGUGACAAGGGUCCAGCUGGAUUCCUUGGAGAUUGGGUUGAAAAGUGUCGUGGAGGUCGUGAUGUCGUGGGGCAUGGAAUCAAAAGAGAGGAUGUUCGGCCAGGGCUUGAGAAACAUGAAGCUUGCGGGGAGCAUAAUGCCAUGGUUUUGUUUCCGAUGAGAUCUGUGCUCUCUUCUGACGGUUUGAAAUUAUUGUUUGCACGCCGGACUAUAAAGAGUUUGGAAGCUUGGUUUUUGACUCUAUGGGGUGUAGGAUCAGAAAAAUCUGAGGUCCAAAGUCGAUUACUCAGAGGGGCUCGAGUGCCAAAAAAUGCAGUUGAAACGUUUUCACUACAAUGA